AAUGUACCUGGGAGGAGUUUUGGGAUUGAUUAUGAAUCCAACAGCUUUGUCAAGGAUGGGAAACCUUUCCGUUACAUCUCCGGUAGCAUUCACUACUCGCGGGUGCCCUCGUAUUACUGGAAGGACCGCCUGCUGAAGAUGAAGAUGGCAGGGCUUGAUGCCAUUCAAACGUAUGUCCCAUGGAACUACCACGAACCCCGGAUGGGCACAUAUGACUUUUUUGGUGGCAAAGAUCUAGAGUAUUUCCUGCAGCUUGCCAAUGACACUGGAUUGCUUGUUAUCCUGAGAGCUGGACCUUACAUCUGUGCAGAAUGGGACAUGGGAGGUCUUCCUGCAUGGCUGUUGGAAAAGAAAUCUAUUGUUCUCAGGUCUUCUGAUUCAGAUUACCUAGAAGCAGUAGAGAGAUGGAUGGGUGUCCUUUUGCCAAAGAUGAGGCCUUAUCUCUAUCAAAAUGGAGGUCCAAUCAUCAUGGUGCAGGUAGAGAAUGAGUACGGAAGCUACUUCGCUUGUGACUACGACUACCUGCGCUUCCUCCUGAAGCUCUUUCGCCUGCAUCUUGGGCAUGAGGUGGUGCUCUUCACAACUGAUGGUGCCAGCCAGUUUCACUUGAAAUGUGGGGCUCUCCAGGGUCUCUAUGCAACGGUGGACUUUGCUCCAGGUGGCAAUGUCACAGCAGCAUUCUUAGCUCAAAGGAGCAGUGAACCCAUGGGCCCUUUGGUUAAUUCUGAAUUUUAUACUGGAUGGUUGGAUCACUGGGGGCACCGUCAUUCUGUUGUGCCCGCAGAAACUGUAGCUAAAACACUUAAUGAAAUCCUGGCACGUGGUGCUAACGUUAACCUGUACAUGUUUAUAGGGGGGACUAACUUUGCCUAUUGGAAUGGUGCUAAUAUGCCUUAUAUGCCUCAGCCCACUAGUUAUGACUAUGAUGCUCCCCUGAGCGAGGCGGGAGAUCUGACAGAAAAGUAUUUCACCAUCAGAAAAGUCAUUGGUAUGUAUAAAGAGUUACCAGAAGGUCUUAUCCCUCCAACAACACCCAAAUUUGCAUAUGGGAAGGUUCACCUGCAGAAGGCAGGCACUGUGUUGGAGGUUCUUGAUGGACUGUCACGUUCUGGACCAGUGAGAAGCACAUAUCCAUUGACUUUUGUUGAGCUAAAGCAGUAUUUUGGAUAUGUAUUGUAUAGAACUACACUUCCAAAGAACUGUGUGGAACCAACACCACUGUCUUCAACUUUAAAUGGAGUCCAUGAUCGUGCCUAUGUCUCUGUCAAUGGGGUACCUCAGGGUAUCCUUGAAAGGGGGAAAUCACUUAAGAUAAAUAUAACUGGGCAAGCUGGAGCAAAUCUGGACAUUUUGGUAGAGAAUAUGGGCCGAGUCAACUUUGGUAGAUACAAUAAUGACUUUAAGGGUCUAGUUUCAAAUUUAACUCUUGCUGAAGAUAUACUUGCUGGAUGGGAAAUCUAUCCUCUAGACAUAGAUGGAGCAGUGAACAAUGACUUUAUUUAUCCCCUUCCUAACCAGAACACAUCUGCUGUCAAAGCACUGAGUUAUGAAGUACCUACAUUUUACACCGGUACUCUUUCAAUUCCUGGAGGGAUUCCGGACUUGCCACAAGACACCUAUGUCAAUUUUCCUGGUUGGACAAAGGGGCAAAUUUGGAUCAAUGGCUUUAAUCUUGGUCGCUACUGGCCAGCCCGUGGUCCUCAGCUGACCCUUUAUGUUCCAAGGAAUGUGCUCGUUGCCUCGGCGCCAAACAACAUAACCGUGCUGGAGCUGGAGCGCUCUCCUUGCAGCGCCCAGACGUGCGACAUAGAGUUUGUAGAUGAACCUAAUAUCAAUGCAACCCUACUGCAUGAAACUGAGAAACCCCCACUCUUUGUUAGAGAGCUGUGGACGAAGUAUCUAUAAUGAUUCAAGUAUUUCUUCCACCCUCCGCCCUUUGCUUCUCUUUCCCUAAAACCAUACUGUGUAACACAGGGUCUUCGAAAAAGGGAGGUUGUUUAGGUGAGGCAACUUCUUAAAUCCUUCAAAGAUACACAUUUUUUAAAAUCUCUCAGUUAAAUAUUGAAUUUCUUUUUAAAAAUAAAAGCUGGAGCUUUGAAAUUUGCCUUGGACUGUGAAAUUGAACUCAACUGGAAGGUAAUGUUUUCAUUAGUGAAAAUGUAGUCCUUGUACUCUGCUUAUAUGCAGUAACCUUCCUAUGCUUUUAUUUUUCUCCAUGUUUUGCAACUGGAGAGAGGAGCCACAAAAGGUGUGCAGCCCCCACUACCUUGCUGGUUUCACUUAAGUGGACUGGUAAGUCAGAGCUGCCAAUAGACAAGACCCUUUAGCUUCCCUAAUCACUUUAUUAGAGUAUCAACAUCGUUUUAAUUUUAUUUGGCUUACUGCCAGCAUUGAGUGGACCUCAUUUUUUAAUGCAAGUGACUUUCAGAAAAUUUCAGUUGAUUUCUUAUAGGACCAGUGAGAAAAACUAUGGAAGAGAGCAUUCAGAUGCCAGCUGGUCCAAACAGCAGUAGCAUGGAGUCUCAUCUGUCCCCUCUUGGAAAGCCAAUUUACGGCUUCCCUGUUGCUGUCUCUGAAGACUUAAAGUAAAUUGAUAAGUACAAAGACAAGUGAAAUUUAGGCUGCUUUGAUGGAACCACAACGUCUGACUCACCUGCCUGCAGAAUGUGGUUUUAAAAUUAUGGAUUUUUUUCUUUAUUUUUUUGGUUUGAGUUGGGUUUUUUCUGGUUUGUUUGUUUGUUUUAUUUCUUUUUUUUUUCCUAUUGGUCAUGGUGUACCUGCUUUUUCAUAGGCCAGCACCUUGGAAGUGGAAUGCUUUAAGUUAAAGAAUUUUAUUUCUCUUUUGGUCAUUAAUUCACAUCAGUUGUUUUGUUCCAGUAAACUGAUGGUCUUUGUAAGUGACUGAUAUUUGCAAAGAUGCAUAAAAACUCCAUUAGUACAUUUGACUUUCUGAAGACAAAAUCUUUUUGAUUCUUGUGAUUUUGGUGUCAGUCAUGCAAAUUCCAUGGUGAUAUUUAAACAACAGAAAGGAUCAAAUCAAGUAUUUUCAUAAUCUGUGAUUUCUUCCUUUGAUUUUUAUCUGACAUUAUUAAAAUGAUUAUUUAAAGAAUAAAUUCUUCCUCUGUGUGUUUGAGAAAGAAAAAAGGAUGAGAGAAUUAUGAGCAUUUAUUAAGAGAGAAAUGAGAUUGCAAAGUCUCGGUGGAUGAGGAGUUAUUCUUGUUAAUGUCUUGUUAAUUUUCUCUGUUAUGAAGAUCUGUACAAAGAAAAAUGAAGCAGCUAUAAUGGGCUGACCAUACACUGGAGAUGCCACCCUUUUCUGAGAUGGCCAGUGCAAGAUCCUGGCUAUUUCCUCUGAUGAGGACCAAUACUAUCACUGGAGAAGAGGGUGUAAAAGAGCACCACCCACUUCAUGUGUGCUGCAUGUUUGGCAUGUUUGAUGGGCUUCCAAAGGAGACAAAUGUGGCUCAUCCAGGACAGAGCAGUUCUGCUCUUAAAUUUGGACCUCAAAUGUCAGUUCCAGGGUCUGAGGGCUGUGUGUUCUGUACCCAGGCAUGAUUGAUUCUUGGAAUGGUCUGCUCUGACCACAGAUUUUUUUCGUUCUUGGCACCAUCCCUAUGGUGCAUCUGGAAUAUGCUCUGCAUGCAAUUAAUUAUCAAGUAUUAAUUACCUCAGAACUAGGCCUUGAAAGUAAAGGAUGAAACAGAAUCAGUUUUUAACUGAUGGGUUUUGUGGCUUGGAGUGUGCAGAAUGACAGUACUAUUCAUGUAUUAUUUAAGCUCAGUGCUGUUACAGCUGACAGUAUUUUUAUUUGUAUGGCAGUUUCUGCUGUGAGGGCAGUGGAACUCCUGGCUCUCAUUCUAACUUCUUUAUGUUGUACUUCUGAAAACAUAGUGUGAUCUGUGAGACUUCACUUUUCACCAUGAAAAUUAUGUAAUAUUACCAGCAGAAGGGCUUUGCAUCAAGAAUUAUAAACAUGCAUCUGAUUAGUUCUAAGAAUAACAGUAACGAUGUGGAAAGAAUGGGUUUAAAGUUUUUCAAGUAGGGCUCUAGAUAGCUUCUUUAGCAUACUUGCCUAUUUACUGCUUUCAGUGAAGUGGUCUCCUGUCCACAGAAAAGAGCUGAAAAUUGUGGCCCUGAUUCCUAAUCCUCUUCUACCUACUUGGAAACACUGCUGGAGAUGUUAUUUGAGUAUUCAGAAGGGAGGUCCCUGUGACACAGGACCUUCAGAAUACAGCUCUAGCAGGAGGAACCUGUUGCCAGUUGCUGCUGCUUUACCAAAGUGUCAGCAAGUGCUGCAGCUGAGUGCUCUGCCCUGCCUGUGCCCACACUGGGGCACUGUGCCCACAGCACAUGCCUGGGACUUACCUUAGGUUUCCUAGCCUGGGCAUGGAGUCCUGCUGGGACUGAGUGUGAUACAAAACAGGACUGUGUGGCAUUUCCUCCUUUGCAGCCUCAGGCAGGUCAGUUAUUUUAACCUGUCCUCAAAUGUAGUUCAGCCAUGUCUGAAGUGUCAAUGUAAUCAAAAUUAAACCUUCUGACUGAGGGAAAAUGAGUAAGAGAAGAGGGGCCAUAGGGAGUUACCUGCUGGACAAGGCACUGGUGGGCCUACUUUCAAUUUGUUUUUGAAAGGCAAGGUGUGAAAGCAUUGUCAGACCCCUGGCUGGAACCUGUGGUGUAGUUGUAUGAGCUGUUCCAAGUGCUGGAGUUCAACAGGAUGGUCCCUCUGGUGGAGCCAGCUGCCUCCUGAAGGCCUGGCAAGAAGGAAUAUUCCUAAUGCUAAAACUAUGGGUCCUCAAAUCUUUCCUGGUGCAUCUCCUUGGAAUUUGCAAGUGAGUUGCUUGCACAGGUGCUGAGUAAUGAGCACAAUAUUCUCUCAUUUUGGCAGAGAGUGCAAGUAUGGUAUUUGGUCGAAAUUAGUUCAUAAAAAACAGAAGUUUAUUGCUGAUUCCCUCUGGAGGGUAGGCAGAUGCUUGCAAUUCUGUAGGGGGAUGCCCUUUGAUACCAUAGAGAUACCCAUAGAGUAUCUGUAGUGGCUCAGCUUACCACAGAAUUUUUUUUUCAGCUCUGUAGUGGGGUUUGUAAACUUAGUCUAUAAUCCUUUUUAUGCAUGAAUGAAAGCCUUUAAAUGUGGUUAUUUGGGAUGAAUGAGCAAAUAGAGGAACAAGAACUGACUGUGUGCUAUAUAGUUGAAUUCUAUUUCUUAACUUAUGUAUGAGACUUCCAUAAUUUAACUAUCUUACUAAGUGUUAGUCAGCAUUUUCUAGUCCCUGAAUGACAGGAUUGAGACUUGACCUUGUCGUCCUUUAGACUCUGUGCCUUUUGUAAUUCUUUGGUGCAGACAGCUCUCCAAUCUCCUCCCCUUUGGGAGCUUCACAGUGCCUGUUGUUUUCUUUUGCAGUUUUUUGGAUGAAAAACUAAUUUUUUGUUUGCACAGCUUGAAUACUUGCAGGAGUGAAUAGAAAUAAUCCUUCUGCCUGGACAGGAAACCUAUCCACCUGACAGAUGUGUGUCAGGUGUUCAGAAAUGACAACUGCAGAAGAAGGAUAAUCCUGUGGUUUGCAGUGUGCUCUGAAGGAGGUGUUGCUGUUAUUGUACAGGCUGAGAAGGUGACAACAUUUUAACAGAUAAUACAUGAUGAAAGGUUUGUAAGAGAUGUUCUAGCCCUAUGUGUCUCUACCCUAAGGCAACAUCAUUUGUAUCUUAAAUAUUCUCAGUGUGUUUCUUUAACCUAGCCUUCAAGAUUUCUUGUGAUGAAAACUCCAGUCUUUCCUGGGCAAAUUAUUCCAGUGUUUACUAUUAGGAAACUUGCUAGUAAUGACUGAAGCCAUCAUUGCUGUGUGUAAGCCAGUUAUAACUUUCACUGUCCACAGCCAACACAAAGUGUGUAUUUGUGCUCUGAGGCUGUUUUGUGCCCUUUCACUUUCUUAUCUCUUUUAACUUAUUUAGAGAAAUUUUAAGAGGUGCAGGUUAACACAGAGAUUUAACAAGGAUGUGAAAGGGCAGACAGCUCCUGAAUGACUUGGUCUAGGUGCUACAGCAUCUCUUUUUAAUAGAAGUUGCUGAGUUACAAGACAGUUGUCUUGCAGGCUGGGACUUUAAAGCAUAGCAUUUAACCUCAAAGUCCUGGCUGGGGGCUUAUGUGACAGAAGAAACUGGAAACUGCAGAAGAAUGGGGUCUGCAUUAGUGGUUCUCCUUCAAUGAGAAGGCAAAACUAGGCAGAAAUAGAUUAUCCUAGAACCUGGUGCCAUGGGCUGACUGGAAAAAUGUUUGAAAAGUACAUCACAAGGAUCUUUCUUAUGCUUUUGCUGAAUAAAGUGUGUGUAUUUUUAAAAAUCCCUUUUCAGAAGAUA